UCACUUCCUGCAAAAGACUUGGCAAAACGAUUUAUUACAUGUGCAACUCUGCAGUUGCUCGCUGUUAAUUUAAUUGUUUCAAGUGGUUUACGCCUCGUAUUAAGUACAAUGUGUGACAAAGCUGUUUAUGACCAAGUCAAAGAUUAUUAUGGCAAGAAGGUCAAAAAGACUACAGAUCUUAAGCUGAGUGCUUGCACAGUUUCUGCUGGCACUGGAAUGAGUAAACAUGCCAAAGAGGCUCUAGCAUCAGUACACGAAGAAGUCUGCAAAAAAUAUUAUGGAUGUGGACUUGUGAUUCCUGAGGGCCUGGAAGGCAUGAAGAUGCUUGAUUUGGGAAGUGGAAGUGGACAAGAUUGUUUUGUUUUAUCAAAACUGGUUGGACCCGAAGGUUAUGUAGUUGGUAUUGAUAUGACACAAGAACAGCUAGAUGUUGCUAAUCAAUACAUAGACUAUCAUACCAAACUGUAUGACUACAAGAAUCCCAAUGUCAAAUUUGUGAAAGGCUACAUUGAACGCCUUACAGAGGCAGGAUUGGAAGAAAACUCUUUCGAUAUAAUUAUAUCAAACUGUGUCAUUAAUUUGUCUCCUGAUAAAAGAGCAGUUUUAUCCCAAAGUUACAAAAUACUUAAAGUAAGUUAUUCACUAAAACAAAUGCAUUGUGAAACAUUAUAUGCCAUGCAGAUCAGUCUAGGCAAUGACUUUCCCAAGUUAUUUUUAAUGAUUAGUUAUUAUUUUUCUUUUUCUCAAACAACCAUAGGUGAAUGUAUAUCUGGAGCACUUUAUUGGAAGGACUUUCAUGAACUAGCUGGUGAUGUUGGGUUUAGUCAAGCACGCAUUGUUAGUGUUUCCCCGAUACCUGUGGACAGAGAAGAUUUCAGGAAGAUUCUUGGUGAUAUACAAUUUGUUUCUGUUACCUAUCGCCUUUUUAAGUUGCCACCAGAUUACCAAAAGACGCCCGCCCAAGCAAUUUACAAUGGUGAGAUUACUGACCAUGAAAAUGAAUUUAAGUUUGAUCACCAGUUGACAUUCCUUACAAAUGAACCAGUUUGCAUUGAUUCUGAAACACAUGCGAUCCUGAAGUAUUCUCGUUUCAAAGAUGAAUUUAUGAUUCGCACUCAAAAGUGUGGAACAACUGGUGAAGGAGAUAGUUGUUCUGCUGUGAUUAAUCCAUUUGAGUUAUUGAAAACCCUUCAGACAUCUGGGAAAACCAUUGCUAAUGCCUGCUGUGGUGGGAAAAAAUGCUGCUAAUUUUUAUUUUACAACAGAAGUGUCUACAUCAGUAAAUGGUUAAAUUUAUUUGAUGUGCAUCUUAAUUAUUAUUAUUCACCACUCAUUCCUACUGUUGCUUCUUGUUGUGAGGCAAAACUUCUCUCAUGGAAAAUGAACAAUCAAAUGAACUUUGGUGAAGGGUAUUAUAUGAAAUAAUUUUCUGUAUUUUUGUGAACUUUUGCUUCAGAUUCUUUAUUGGUAAUUCUUUCAUGAUGUAAAUAAGCUAUGAAGUUAUAUUUCUUAAGUGAAUUUAAGAAAUCAUGUAAUAUACAUAUUACAUCAUUUAUAUUGUAUAUGAUUGGGUAAAGUAUUGCGCUAAAAACCCAAGGUUUUCAAGCUGCUAUUUGUUUUGUGACACUGGAAAUGACACUUUAUUCUAUAUGCCUCAGUUUAUUUUGUUAUGGAAGAACACAUAUUUACAAUCAAAUGACAUUCUAUCUAGAGAUAGAUUCAUCUGGCAUAUGUCUCUCUUUUGAUAUCAACUUGCAUGACACAGCUUCUGGUCCUGAUACAAAGUGUUUUAAAGUAUUCACACUUAAAUUUAAACUUCUCAUCAUAUUAUUAUUUAAAAACAUUUUGUUAUGUUCCAAACACUGCUUGAUAAUGACAGUUAUUUUAUUAAACCUCUCCAGAUUACUGAUCUUAAAAAUUGAUUGAUAAACUUUAGCUGUGUAUUUCAUAAGAAAUGUGGUGGUGGGAGGAUUAACAUAACAUCCAAAGCAGAGGUUUCAAUAUGUUCAACUUGAUGGUACAUAAAUAAAAAGAAAAUUACUGAUGCAUGAAAAGUUAAACAGAAAUGUUUUAGAGUUAAAAGUUAGAUAAAAAAAAUAGAUAUAUAGUUGCUGAGGGUGUAUUCCAAGAGAUUGGAAAAGACCACUCGGAAGGCCUCUAUAAUGAGGGGUAGAUGAUCUAGUUAAGCAAUUUUGGUGAAGAUGGAAAAGAAUAGUCCAAUCAAGACAUAAUUGGAAGCGCAUUGUGACCAGUGGUGUAGAACAGCAUCUGAUGGUCUGGUUGAAAUGGUGAUAGUUGUGGAUAACAAAAUUAUAAAUAAUGCAAUUUUGCAAGAGAAUUAGACUUUAGUAUUGAUUUUCUGAAGCCUUAAUUACAGUUAAGAAAAAUCAAAUCUACGCUGUACCUAGACACUCCUACUGGGCAUCUUUUGAGAACCACUAAUCUAGAAUCUUUUCUUUACAUCUUUUUUUUUCCAUAACACAUGGAAUAGAUUUGAUUUAACCCUUUAGUGUUUGCAUUAUUCUGCCAAAAUUAAUGCUUUUUCAUCCACAUUGUUUUGAACUGAUCAUGCAUUAUCUUGAAGCUAUGAGAUUUUGAUGAGGUAGCUGUUAAUUUUUAAAACGAUAUUGUAGGGUUGGUGUGAGAGACCAGAUUUGGCCAGUUUGAACAUAAAACAAGCAGAAUACUUUUGGCCAGAUAUGGCCGGUUUAAAUGCUAAAGGGUUAAACAAUUACUUCUACAACUAGAUACCCUUUCUACCAUUAAUGGGGGAGCUUUAUGAACCAAUGUCUUGAUGUAGGAGUUGUCUAUGUGGUCAUUCUGUCUGCUAGAAAUGGCAGCCAAAGUCCCUUGUGAGUUUUAGUUAUAUAAACUGAUUAAUAUUUUCAAGUAUUAUGGCGGUGAGCUGGCAGAAUCGUUAGCACCCCAGGCGAAAUGCUUAGCAGUAUUUCGUCUGCUGUUAUGUUCUGAGUUCAAAUUCCACCAAGGUCGAUUAAAUAAGUACCAGUUACGCACUGGGGUCAAUGUAAUCGAUUUAAUCCCUUUGUCCUUGUUUGUCUCCUCUAUGUUUAGCUCCCACCUGUGGGCAAUAAAGAAAUAAAUAUUUUCAAGUAUUAAGCUGGCUAACUGGUGUACGGCCUAUUUGUCAGUCAGCCAGAGAUAUGAGCAUUGUCCAUUGUUAUAGAAAGGAUUAUUUCUAUGACUCAUUGAAUUAUGCUGAUAACAAUGAUCAUCAUAGAAAUAUAACAACAACACAGCAAAGCUUAACAAUGUUACAUGCUUCUCACUCAGAUAAUAUAAUGCAGCCAUAGAUGUGCCCUACAUAACAUGAAUGUAGUAUUAGACAUGCAUUUCUCUUGAGCAAUGAUAUAAAACCAAUUGACAAGUAUGUCAAAUUACAAAGACAAAUUUUGGAGUGACAACUAACGUAACAUUAAUGAACUGGAAGCCUGAACUUAAUACUUAACAAUGCAAAACAAUUCUGUUACAGAUACAUUAUGGAUGGGUGGCAGUGUUAAACAGAAUGGAUGAUGAAUUUAGUUUGCUACCCACUAUUGUAGACAUCAAACUUACAAAUAUACCUAUAAUCAAUACAAUACAAUACAAAAAAGUACUCUGCUUCCAAGUAUUGCAAUCAAUAUUGAUCAAUAUUAAGAAAGUGCCACACCCUAACAGUUGAGGGAACCCGUGGAAGAGGUAGGCCCAGGAAGACCUGGGCUGAGGUGGUGAGGCAAGACCUUCGUACAUUGGGCCUCACCGAUGGAGUUUCUGCUGAGGUGAGUGUCAUGGGCUGUUCUUUGUGGCAAUGUCAUCAUGGUCAUGACUGCAAGGUGAAGCUGAACAUGCCAUUUACUCUGAGCUGUUGCUCUUUUCCCCUCCAUCUUCUGCUACUUAAUCUGCCCGCCCCUCUUUUUCUGUUUUUCUUUGGUUUCCUUGUAAUUAAAUUGUGAUAAGUAAAGAUGAUUCACUUACACAUCCUUUCAGCUGAACAAACAUGCAUUCUCACUUAUUCAUGGUAUCUCACUUUUAUUUACCUGAAAAUUUUCAAAUAUCAAUGUAGACUGCAUUUCCCAGAUGAGAAGGAUUGUUACAGAAAAUUAUAUGAAACUGUAAAAUAUAAUAAUAUUAAUAAUAAUAAAAAAAUCCCGGUUGUUUAAAAAAAAAAGUUAAUACAAAUUACUGUAUUUUUUAUAUGAAAAAUAAAUUGAAUUUAUAAAUAAUCAA